AUUUUCUUUCCACUUCGUUAAAAUGUUUUAAAUCUCAAAGAAAACAACUGAAUUCCUGCCUCUGACACAAAAAGCUGGGAGUAGUAUUUAUAAAAGAUAACUGACUGCCUGGCCUGGUUUGAUACACACUGCAGUGAUUAAUGCCUGUAUCUUAAUAUUCGAUGAGCUAACAUGGAAAUGUAAUUUGCUAGAAUGCAAUAUCUUGUCGGAUUACAAAAAUUCUUAUGCAAACAUGCUGCCACUGACUGUCAGUACUGAAAGGAAGGAAACUGAAGACUUUCUGGACUCUGCAGAAUUUAUACAAAUCCAAUUAACAAUGGUGACAAAUCAUGUUAUAGAAAUUGUGACAUAUCUUUUGUGACGGAGGAGGCCAAGAAAAGGACCGCCAAAGUGAAAACGGAGAACAUGUGUCAUUUUGUUAGAAAAAUUACAUUUUUUUUAAAGUGUGUCUGAAUAGUUUCAAAUCACAGAAAAAACGAUAUCCACAGAAAUGAUGAUUUCACUUCAUCUAUGAAUGAACUUUUGACAUGUUGAAGGUUGACUUCAUCUAUGAAUGAACUUUUGACAUGUUGAAAGUUCUCCUAACAGACUAAGGAUAUAUCUGAGGUGUCCACACCCAUCUCAGACAAAGGUGGUCAGCUGAUUCUUUAAUGGCCAAACAUAUCAACCACUAAUACAGAGUCCUAUAACUACUUGGGAUUCAUCCACACUAACAACAGUCCAAAGAAAACCUUGUUCACCAUGAAUUCUAUACAUCGCUCUGUCUUGAAGCAACACUUCCGCCAGCUGGCCAGCGAUAUUAUCCUGACAGACACCCUUUUGGGGGCCAUGUACCAGACCCAAAUAUUUGAGAGGAAUAUGAUUGAUCUCAUCAAGGCGGAGAAGACUGAAGGAGACAAAGUAUGUAAGCUGCUGGAGCUCCUACCCAAACGGGGGCCUGAUGCCUUUGACCUGUUUUUGGAGGUGAUUCAAAAUGAUUACCCCUGGCUG